GCGGGAGAUCCGGACGGGCUUCUGGGACGCAGAGGUCCCGCAUUCCUUCCCCGAGCGAAUCCGAAGACCCCCGGAACACCGCAGCCCCCUCCCCGACGCCGGAGGGAAAUGGGGCGGAGCCAGGGGGCCCGGGCGCCCCCUGCCGAGGCCCAGGCCUCGCGCACUCGCAGACGGGCUCCCUCGGAGGGCGGGGGUUCCUCCUAACCCGGCUCUUUACACCCGCGUCCUUGCUGCCGGCGGCCGCGAUGCCAGGGCCCGGGCUGGAUCCCCAGCAGCGGGGGAGCCUCCUGGAACCGCCCCGCACCCCCGCCGAGCUCCGCGGGGCCCUCGGAGGGCGCUGCCGCCUGGGGGUGCUGGCGUUCGCGCCCCCGUUCCCUGGUUCUUGCACCCAUUCACGCACCCAUCAGUGUCCUCCGGAGCUGGCCGGGCGCAGGAGGCGGAGAGAGGAGCCCGUAGCCCGGUGCGGAAGCGCGGAGCCCCGGCCGGGAGCCGCGGGCCCGGCGACCGCGAACUGCGCUUGGCUAGCGGAGCGUCCGGCAGAGCGGGGGUCCCUGUUCCAGGCGGCCCCGGCCCGCGGACCGAGUCUGGGCUCCCCCGGGCUCGCCCACGCCUGAGCUUUGACACAGGAUCUUUCUCUGUUGCCCAGGCUAGAGUGCAGUGGCAAUCUUGGCUCACUGAAGCCUCGACCUCCUGAGCUCAAGCAGUCUUCUCACCUCAGCCUCCCCAGUGGCUGGGAUCACAGAAUUUCCUUCUCCGUCCUUUUCAAAUGUGUGUAAAUCUUUUUAAUGGCGAAACAAGCCUCUUGCCAGUCUAACCACUCAGGAAUGUUUCCUCUGGGAGGCAGGGCCAUCUCUUUGAGACUUGACAUCAAGAAGGAAGCUUGGGCUGCAACCUCGUGGAGACAAAGAAGUUGGCACCAAGGCGAGAGCAGCCAGAUCACUCCCUGUGAGGGCAAGCACUUCACGGGGCGGAAGCUGGAGGUCUUCAGGGACUGUGACAACUCAGGCUUUAUGAACCGAGUAAACUCCAUCCGCGUGGAGAGCAGAGCCUGGGUCUGCUUCGAUCACCCCAACUUCUGGGGCCAGCAGUUAAUCUUGGAGCACGGCGACUACUCCGACUUCUUCUGCUGGAACAGCCACAGUGACCACGUGGGCUCCUGUCAGCCUGUAGGAAUGGGUUUUGUUCUGUCAUCCAAGCUGGAGUGCGGUGGUGUGAUGACAGCUCACUGCAGCCUCCACCUCCCAGGCUCGAGUGAUCCUUCCACCUCAACCUCCCCAGCAGCUGAAACUACAGGACACGAAAGCUAUGUGACUUUCUGCCAGCUGGAGGAUGAGGCCGCCUUCACAUGUAGCGCCGACUGCACCAUCAGGAGGUGGGACGUGCUGACCGGGCAGUGUCUGCAGGUGUACCGAGGACACACAUCCAUCGUGAACAGGAUUCUGGUUGCCAACAACCAGCUAUUCAGCAGCUCCUACGACCGGACAGCUCGGGUCUGGAGUGUGGACGAGGGGCAGAUGUGCCAGGAGUUCCGGGGCCACCGCAACUGCGUGCUGACUCUAGCCUACUCUGUCCCGUGGGACCUCCCCGGCGCUUCCUGCGUGGAAGAGGCUGUGGCCGGGGGGCUCCUGGUGACCGGCAGCACAGACGGCACGGCCAAGGUGUGGCAGGUGGCCAGCGGCUGCUGCCACCAGACACUGCGGGGCCACACAGGUGCGGUGCUGUGCCUGGUGCUGGACGCGCCUGGCCACACGGCCUUCACAGGCAGCACCGAUGCUACCAUCCGCGCCUGGGACAUCCUGAGUGGGGAGCAGCUGCGGGUGUUUCGAGAGCACCAGGGCUCUGUCAUAUGUCUGGAGCUGGUGAACCGACUGGUGUACUCCGGCAGCGCGGACAAGACUGUCAAGUGCUGGCUGGCAGACACGGGGGAGCGUGUGCGCACGUUCACAGCCCACAGACGCAGCGUGAGCGCACUCAAGUACCACGCGGGUACCUUGUUCACGGGCAGCGGGGACGCCUGUGCCCGGGCCUUCGACGCGCAGUCGGGAGAGCUGCGGAGGGUGUUCCGAGGCCACGCGUUCAUCAUCAACUGCCUCCAGGUGCAUGGCCAGGUGCUCUACACCGCCUCGCACGACGGCGCCCUGCGCCUCUGGGAUGUGCGCGGACUCCGGGGCACCCCGCCGCCCACGCGCAGCCUCUCGCGCCUCUUCAGCAACAAGGUGGGCUGUGCCGCCGCGCCCCUGCAGCCCGCCUGAGCCCGCAGCGCCCCUGCGGAUGCCCGCCCAGAUGCCCUCCGGCUCCCAGAGCCCCCAGCCCUGUGCCCCGCGGCGGCGGCGCCGGCGCCCGAUGGCCGGGGAGGAGCAAGGAGGCCCGGGCUGGAGGAGCACCCGGAGCAGGCAUCUCGUUUUUCCUGGGUGGCCGUGAGGCGCUGGGAGCGGGCGUGUUCGCCCUGGGUACCGCCCGCUUUUUCCUUUUCGGGUGGCUCCUGCCCUCCCUCCCCACCCCUGACCCGGCGCCUAGUCCCCAGCCCUUCCUGGGACUCUCCCACCUCAGGGCUGCAGGCGGACUGCGCCGCGCCGGCACCCCCAGCCCCACGAAGCUGGGUCUCUCCUGCUGAGAGGAAGGGACUUUACAGAAGCCACUGAAAUUGGUUGUUUCGGCAAAUUGUCGUCUCGAGGGCCUUGGGGGGAACUGAAAUACACAGCCUGUGAGUUAAAAGUG